AUGUGGGCAAGUCUUCGAUGUCCUGCAACAGCACUGCGGUUAUGCAGGACAUUCUUCUCUUUUCCACCUUUCUCUCCGUCACAAGCAGACGUACAAAAGUACUCUGAACGUAAAGUGCUUCCGUAUACUGCCCGACAACUAUUCGAUGUCGUUGCAAAUGUGUCUCUCUAUCCAAAAUUCAUCCCAUUUUGCACUGGAUGCCGCGUGCUGUCGUCUUCAGAUCAAGCCAGUGGCAGGCCUUAUUCAAUGGAAGUAGAGUUGACGGCUGGCUUUCUCUCAUUUGAAGAAUGCUAUGUCAGUGAAGUGACUUGCGUACCGUUCAGAUCAGUUCAAGCUAUUGCAAAAUCGUCGACCCCUCUGUUUACAAGUUUAUCUACGACAUGGAAUAUCCAACCUACGCCCUCCAUUCACGUUGAAGGGAACCCGCUACGCGUCUCUCAAAGUGUAUCCGAAGAAUCCAUGUCGAAUCACACACUUGUUACUUUCGACCUUGCUUAUGCAUUCUCGAACCCGGUUCAUGCUGCAGUAUCUUCAGCUUUCUUUUCUCAAGUCUCAAAACAGAUGGUGAACGCAUUCGAAAAGAGAUGUGCUGAAGUGUAUGGCUCGCAGAAACAGUGA